AUGUUUUUUUCCUUUUAUCACUCCUCAUUUUCAUCUUUGUCAUCUUUCUACUUUUCCUUUUUUUCAUUACUUUUGUAUAUGCUCGUACUUCUCCAAAUAUCGCCAAAGAAUCCUUAUGAAGCUGGUACCUUAUCAAUCCGAGUUAUAAGAAAGAACACAUUUAAUCACUCUUAUAAUAAUAUAAAAAAUAUUCAUUAUUAUAUACAUUGUCGAUAUCCUAAUAUUUUUAAUAACUAUCGUAAUUAUUAUAUGAACAAUUUUUACAAGAAUAAUUUAAGUUCUCCCUUCAAAAACAAAAAUAAUUAUAUGCAUAUAUUUUUUAAAAUACUUGAAGGUGAUAAAAAAAAAAAAGAACAUCCCUUUUUCAAAUACUUAUUUCAUAUGAACAUGUUCGAAAAAAUUGGAGACAAAAAAAAUACAGUGAUAAGUAAAAUUACUGAAACUUGCCAAUAUGGAGAUAUAAGAAAAUAUAUGAAUGUGAAAAAAGAAUCAUUGGAAGAAGGAGAAAAAUACAAAAGUGGAGAGGAAUGUAAUAAUAAACACGUUGAACAUAACAAUAUGAAGGAUGAGAAAAUUCAUUUUAAAGAUGGCACAUUUAUAAAAAGCAAAGAAGAAGAAAUAGAAAAUGAGAAAGGUGGUGGUGUUUGUUUAAAAAAGGAAAUAAAAAAAAAUGUUUUGGAAAUAAAUAAUAAUACAUAUAAUGAUACAAAAUAUUUAAGUAAUCCAAAAGGAGUAACAAAUAAAAGUAUUGAAAAAAAAAAAGAAAAUAAAAGUAAACAAUCAAAAAAAGAGGUAGAAAAGAAAAAAAAUAAUAAUAAAAUAAAAUCUGAGCAAUCUCCAAAUGAUACCAAAAAUAUCCCACCUAUACCAAAAAAUACAGAAGAUAGAUGGAAUGAUUAUAAUAAAAUAAAAGAAUAUGCAAAAAUAAGUAAUGUUUAUUUAGGUGCUCAUAUAUCUGCAUCAGGUGGUGUACAGAAUGCUCCUAUUAAUUCUUUUAAUAUAUCUGGUUUAGCAUUUGCAUUAUUUUUAAAAAAUCAGCGUAAAUGGGAAAGUGCAGCAUUAACAAAUGACAACAUAAAACAGUUUGAAGAAAAUUGUAAAAAGUAUAAUUUCGAUAAAAAUUUUAUUUUACCUCAUGGAUCUUAUCUAAUAAAUUUAGCAAAUCCAGAUAAAGAAAAAAGAGAUAAAUCAUACUUAUCUUUUUUAGAUGACAUAAAAAGAUGUGAACAAUUAAAUAUUAAAUUAUAUAAUUUUCAUCCAGGAUCUACCGUUGGACAAUGUACGGUUGAAGAAGGUAUAAAAAAUGUAGCUGAUUGUAUUAAUAAGGUUCAUAAAGAAACUAAUAAUGUUAUUAUAGUUUUAGAAAAUUCUGCAGGUCAAAAAAAUUCGGUAGGUUCCAAAUUUGAACAUUUAAGAGAUAUUAUUAAUCUAGUACAUGACAAAGAAAGAAUAGGAGUAUGUCUUGAUACAUGCCAUACUUUCGCUGCAGGUUAUAAUAUUAAAACCUUUGAAAAUUUUGAUAAUGUCAUGAAACAAUUCGAUGAUAUUGUUAAUGUUAAAUAUUUAAAAGCUGUUCAUUUAAAUGAUUCGAAAUCAGAUAUAGGAAGUGGAUUGGAUAGACAUGAAAAUAUUGGAAAAGGGAAAUUAACUAUGGAUACAUUUAAAUAUAUUAUGAAAUCCAAAUAUUUUAAAAAUAUUCCCAUCAUACUAGAAACACCAGAUAUAACAAAUGAUGAAUCUAUAUAUAAAUAUGAAAUUCAAAAUUUAUAUAAGUUAUACUUUGAAAAGUGA